AUGUUGUUAUACUACUUAGAGAGAUAUGACGGCAUCUGCUUAAUUUUUGACGGCCCAGUACGUAACUCGCUCUGUCUAUCAUACGCCAUCAAUUUCCCUCUCUCUGUUUCACCUUCUUACUCCUUUCUUUUAUUUCCUUCUCUUUCUAUCUUUCGACUUCUUUCUCUCUUUCUCUAUCCCCUCUUCCAUUCGGCUUAUCCCUCUCAUUCGCUUUAUUACUUUUUCACUCUCUCUUUAGUCAUGUCACUUUCUCCCUGGUUUCUCUCUCAUACUUUCUCUUUCUAUAGUCAUAUUUUAUUUUCUCUCUCUUACUCUCACCAUUAUUCCUAUCCCCCUCCUUCGCUUUCUUCUUCUUCACCCUCUCUCUUUCUCACAUCGCUUUUUUCUCUCAUAGUCUUCCUAUUUCACACUCUUCAACCCACCAUCACUCUUUCGCUAUCUCUCUCUCUCUCUCUCUUACUCUCAACCUCACCUUCUCUCUUUCUAUCUCUGUUGCUGCUCUCUCACUUUUGCUAUCUCUCUCUAGCCGUUAUCUUCUCCCACUCUCACCAUAUAUCUAUCUAUCUAUCUAUCUAUCUAUCUAUCUAUAUAUAUAUAUAUAUAUAUAUAUAUAUAUAUAUAUCAUUCAACACUGUGUCUUUCUAG